UCCAUCGUAACGUGAUCAAGAACUGUUAAAAACGAUCGUAGCGGGUUUGGUAACGUAUCGUAUUUGCCCGUUUCCGUUAAUUGUACCCACAGUGGAGUUGCACCUCGAGCAAUCUCGAUCGACGCCGCCCCGCCGUGCGAGGACCAGUCACAGUUGUGUUUUGCCAAAGAACAGAUGGCUUCUCGUAAAAUUGCUCACACUACCCUGAAAGGCCCUAGUGUUAUCAAGGAGAUUAUAAUUGGCCUAGCACUGGGACUGUUUGCUGGUGGUCUGUGGAAGAUGCACCACUGGAAUGAGCAGAGGAGAACAAGAGCCUUUUACGACAUGCUGGAGAAGGGUGAAAUCAGCGUGGUAGUCGAAGAAGAAUAGCCAUACAAUCUCAUUCUCAGUAUGAAAGGAGGCUGUCCUGAUCUUGAAAGCUCAAGUACAUGUUCAGUUCUGUUGGUCACUUCCUGCUGCUCGAUCCAAAUAAGCUUUAGUAAUAGUUGCGAACACCAUAGUUAUGCUAUGGACUUGAGUUAUGCUUCUUAGGAUGUCUAUGUUUGAUGACAUCGACAGGAUUUUUUUUUUUUGUCUUUUUUCUUGUGAUUUUGGUUUCUAUUUUGCUUCUAGUUUGAUAAUAAUAUUCACCUGAAUAGCUAGCUGUGGGGUAUGAUUUUGCACUUUUUUUAUUGAAAUUAUGUAUUGUAUCAAUCUGUUGCCUCCUUAGAUCACUCUGUUCCCACUGCACAUUUAUGAAGUGUAAUUUCUUAAUUUUUUUCUAA